AUGGGGCCUGAGGACAGGACCAAGUGUUUGUGCUGUGAUCCAGAGCUGAGCCGCUGGGCAGCCAGCAAUGGCACCCAGCAGGAGCACCACAGACCCCACUGUCUGUGUGGCCAUGUCCUGGACCAGGACCACGUGGAGGGGCAGAUUCUAGGCCAGCUACGCCCUCUGACAGGGGAGGAUGAAGAGGGGGCUGGGGAUGUCUCAUCCCGGGGGCCUGCUUUCCCUGAGAUGGGCUCAGAGGAGCUACGUCUGGCCUCCUUCUGUGACUGGCCACCAACUGCCGGGGUUGGGCCUGAGCUGCUGGCUGCUGCUGGCUUCUUCCACACAGGCCAACAGGACAAGGUGAGGUGCUUCUUCUGCUAUGGGGGUCUGCAGAGCUGGGAGCACGGUGACGACCCCUGGACCGAGCAUGCCAAGUGGUUCCCCAGGUGCCAGUUCCUGCUCCAGUCCAAAGGAAGAGGUUUUGUCCACAGCAUCCAGGAGGCUUGUGCCCCACUGCUUGGCUCCUGGGACCGACGGGAAGAACCACAAGACACGGUCCCUAGGGCCCCCCCAGCUCCUGUCCAGAGGGGUCCUGAGCUGCUCACCCCCGGAAGAGAGACCCAGCCUGAAAGUGCCAGGGAACCAGGUGCAGCCUGGGACCCAUGGAGGUGCCGGUGGCUUCUUGAGCCCCCAGGAGCUGGGGAUGCACAGGAGCAGCUGCAGCGGCUGCAGGAGGAAAGAAUGUGUAAGGUGUGCCUGGACCGAGCUCUAUCUGUCGUCUUUGUGCCCUGUGGCCACCUGGUCUGUGCCGAGUGUGCUCCUAGCCUGCAACAGUGCCCCAUCUGUAGGACACCCAUCGGUAGUUGUGUGCGCACCUUCCUGUCCUAG